CGCAGAAUAUCUCUUUACAGGGUAAACAAACAUAAUUAGUUACUGAACAAAACCUAAGACGAUUUGCGACCUUUAAACCUGUUCAUUUCUGUCAAAACAUUUUUCUAUGGAUGAAUUGUCACUUUCACUCAACCGAAGUGUGUACGAAGCUAGUCGCAUGUUGGAAUUUAAUUGAUUUUUCGGCUAUUUUUAUUUUCAUUUGUCGAAUCUUGAGGAUAUAUUCAUUAAGUGUGGGUUUUUAAAGCUUCAUUCAUAUUCAAAGAUAAACAAAUUUAGGAGAGAAAAACUGACUUGAAUGUGCCAUACAGAGGAUAAAUCUUGGCAGAUAUAAAUCAAAAGUUUUUGUGUUCAGAAAAAAUGGAAUAUACCUUACUCAAUAAAAAAAGCUCUUAAGUUAUGAAUUGUGCCAAAUUCCUGUCUGGAUUAACGUGAAAUGUCAAACACAGAACAAGCAUCUGCCGUCUCGCGCCCAACCGAUACCCCUGGAGCCGACCCCCCAACUUCAACCCCCGGGGACCCCCCUCAAUACGUUGAUAGGCGGCGGUCCUGGCUGACGGAGGAUGUCCCAGAUGUUGAUGACGAUGACUCGAUUGAUGACGCCAUCAUGUUACCCAUCCUGCCCCUGGAGUUGGCCGUGGUGUGCUGUAUGACGAACUUCCUACUCCCAGGAGUAGGCACUAUGAUAUCCGGGUUCUCUGUUCUGUGCUGCGCCAAGACGGACGAUCUGACCCCCAAACAGCGCUACAUCUCCAGCCUCGUUGUGGUGGUGAUUGGGGUCCUCCAGCUGCUGAUGGUGUCCUGUUUUCUGAUUGGUUGGAUCUGGAGCGGAAUCUGGGGAGUGUCUCUGAUAGGAAACUCAGCCGAGUACUAUAAAGAAACAGAGACUUCGAACUGGCGGAAUGACAGCCGGCGGCGUCUGCGCCCUCGCUCCAACCUGAUCUACCCGAUGCGGGCCCGCUCCAACAUCCGGUACCACAGCCCACCCCCACCCUACGAGAUGUACCGGAGUCCUCCGCCAGGCUACUCUAUGCCCGGACAAACGCUAGAUACGCAGCAAACGGAUCCGGAAGCUCAGGAAGAAAUGGAAAUUCCUGCGGAGCCCGAGCCCGACCGGAAUUUAGAUAUGGUAGAGGAGCGAAUAGUACGAGACGAGGCAAGUAACCCCCGGCCCCAGUACUGGAAGUGUGCAGUCUGUCAGAAACAGAACAACUCAUCGGAACACAAGUUCCAGUGUACACGCUGUAUAGAGAACGUGUGCGGAUCCUGCUACCAACAACAAAUCACCAUACCUAAUGGGGAGCGGAUCCCAGUCUGUGAAACGUGCUACAACGAACUAACGCUCAACGAUUGUGUGACUUGAUUAAAGCCCCCUCCACAUGCUUCCUCUUCAAUUAUUUUAUGAUUCUGUUGGAUGCCUUUUUAGAUGUUUUACAGUUUCAUCAUUAUUAUUUAUGUUGUUGUGAAAACUAUGCAGAUAAACUGUGUCAGGGAAGAUGAAAUCCUCGGCAGAUACGUGUAUUAAAAUGUUAUGCUUUACCGUACGUUUAUAGAAUCUGAUAUCUGUCCAUAAGCCAGUAUUAAUUAUUGAAUUAAAAUGUUGUCCUAUUUGCUUGAAUUUAUGUAUGUAAUCUUUUAGAAGUAUUUAUUUCAAAUAUUAGUGAAUGUUUCUGACAGGGGGAACAUGUUUUGUGUCUUCGAGGUCGAAGACUAUUUAAAGAGGGAGGAAUGUAGUAGUUGGGGCUAUAUGGACCCUGGAUAUCGGCCUGUAUGGUAGCUCAGUGGUAAAGCCCCUGACUAGAGUUGCAGGGGUCCUGUGUUUUUAAUGCAGUUAUAUGUUUAUUCCUCCUUUCCUUCUGUAUACUCUGUCCCAAGAUAUCCUGGAUUCACAUUUUGCUAAAUCACUCGAUAUUAAUAGAUACGUAUACCCCAGUUUUCAUUCGAAAUUAUGAAUA